AUGGGGAUCCGAUUCGUGUUAAUGGUGAACAAACAAGGUCAAACGCGUCUUGCUCAGUACUACGAAUAUCUCACUGUUGAAGAAAGACGAACCCUUGAAGGCGAAAUCGUUCGCAAAUGCCUCGCCCGUAACGAACACCAGUGUUCAUUUGUUGAGCAUCGCAACUACAGAAUUGUAUAUAGACGCUAUGCAUCUUUGUUUUUCCUGGUUGGGGUUGACGACGGCGAGAAUGAACUUGCUAUUUUGGAAUUUAUCCAUCUCUUAGUUGAAACCAUGGAUCGACAUUUUGGCAACGUGUGUGAGCUAGAUAUCAUGUUUCAUUUAGAAAAGGUACAUUUUAUGUUGGAGGAAAUGGUGAUGAAUGGUUGUAUCGUGGAGACCAGCAAAGCAAAUAUUCUGACUCCUAUUCAGCUGAUGGAUAAAACAUCUUAA